GUUUUCUCAUUGUUCAUGAGCGCAUUGCUUCACGAUUUAGUCGGAGACAUCGAAUCAUCCGUGAGUGGAGAGUCGUGGAGGUUGGUUAGCUUUGGUGUUUCAGCCCCAGAAAACGACAUCGUGCAUGUUGACUACCAAACCUUGCCAUCUGGCAAAUCAGAGAAUAUCAAAAUUUUCCAGUGGUCGUCAUUGGAAGUUAAAAGAAAUAAAGUCCUUUAUUUGCACUUCCUGAGUGGUGAUCAAAACUGCUCUGACUUUCAUGUCAUCAAUCAUAUUUGUUCUGAAGAGCAGACCUUAAAAUCCAUGCUGGAUUUUGAUCCCAAUCACAACAUCUUUUCAUACUUGGUUUUGAGAACAGGCCCUUCUCCUAUUUUUGAAAGUAGGAAAUUCAUCAAUCAUCGCAUCAUCCUAUUUCCGUGUUUAUGCAAUAGUAGCAUAUUUUCAGGUAAACCUGCUUAA